GCUCAGAGCGCAGCGUCUGCGCGGACGCAUCGACGCAGUAUGUCGCCGGCAGCUUCGUUCUCCCAGCGAUGGGCCCGCGACAACCUCACUCGCGCCGCCUCGCCAGAUGAACUAGCCACGUUGGACUUAUUCUUGACCACCUGCAGCGGGGAUGAAGGCGAGGCCGCUAAACGCGCCAGGCGGUAUUAUGUGGCCAGAGGCCCGGGUGGGCUCACUGAGUUGUGGCACAAACGACAUCCGGACGACGAGGAUAUUCUCUCCAGCUGUCAAGAUGCCUACAUCGUGCCCCUCCGAGCGCGCAGCGUCGGCGGACGACGUAUGACAUUGGUGCGGUUACCAGCACCAACUGCUCUAGACAGGCCUCUCUCAGCGAGGGCGUUGCUGGCCCGCUGGCUUAUGGUAUUAGAUAUACGGUUACGGGAGGAUCCAACUCCUGGAGAAGAAGUGGUGUUCAUAGAUGUUAGUGACUUACAGCCGGCUCAUAUCAAGAAUCAUUUCAAAGGCACCUACUGGAAGGACUUCAUUUGGUGUAUGAAGUCAGCCUACCCCACCCGCUUCUCCGAGGUCCACGUGAUCAACACCCAGCGCCUAAAGACCAUGUCGCUCCUGCUGCUGCAUCUGGGCCUGUACCCCUGGCGACGCAAAGUGGUCCAGAUACACUCCGGCGACGAGCAGAUCAACACGGCCAUGGGUGUAGACUACUUCCCUGUCGAAGGGCUGCCUUAUGAGUAUGGCGGGAAGGCGGGAGCCAUGAAGGAUCUAAAUGAUGAAUGGACCAAGAAGCUUCUUUCCAACUCCAAAUGGCUACAAUCUCAAGAACGGAAAUACUAUGACACAGUCUUAAAGCCCGAAACACGUGCACGAACACGGCACAAGAGCGCUGUGCGAGUACGCGGUAACAUAGGAUCUUACGACAUGAUCACACGCACACACUCCUGCCGAUCCUUGCACCGACAUGACGACUUGGAUGAGGGGACCUAUGGAGCCUAUCGGACCUUGAGAAUAAGAACUGAUAAGGAUUUCAAUGUGUGAUAUAGUUUUUUUAAUUGGCUAAUUUAAAGGAUAUUAAAUCCAAUUGAGGCUUAUUGGCACUAAAGACAGGAACUAAGUGACAUAGACGUAACUGCCCGCGUAGCCAACAUGCCAAUAGUUAACGCUCCGUAGCGUAGCGUAGUUGUCUCUCUCUAUGACUCUUCUAUAGUGCGACAGUGACAGUUGUGUUUCGUUCGCUACGGAGCGUUAACGACUGGAAUGUUGGCUACGCAGGCAGAUGACUGGGAGAGUGUCUCUAAUGAGGUAACCGAAAUGUAAAUAUAAAUUUAUAAUAUUCCUUAGAUUGUUUACUGGCUACUAUUAUUUUGAUGUGUCUCAUUAUUAUUUAUAUUUUUACGAAAAAUGACAAUUCCAAUUAAUUUUUACGACUGCGGCUACCAGUAUUCCAUUCUUAACCGCCGUUGAUAUAUAAGACGUACAAUAUCCAACUCAUUUCGCCGCAAUGCAAAACUUCGUGUAACUUCGUACCGGCGGCGACACGAGCACCCUCGAUGAUCAUUUUUAAGUGGUUAAAAGGUUAGUUAUCAAUUUACCCCCUUAUUCAUAAACGUCUACUAAAGUUGACAAGCCGCUAAUAAUCGUAAGCCGUUAAUUCCGACGUAUUGAUAUGAUGGAAAGGGACAAACGAUUAUUAGCGGCUUGUCAACUUUAGUAGACGUUUAUGAAUAAGGGGUAUAUCUUUAUACUCGUAAUUAUGUAUUUAUAAUUAAAUUCCUAUAAUUAAAUAUUUAUAUGUGGUGGUACAAUUAUCUAAGUACCUUAACAUAUUGAAUUACAAAUUAAUAUAAAGUGAUAAUAAAUAUUGAAAUAGCCGCAGUUUAAUUAGGUAAGUUACUACGUAUAUUACGACAUCUUUCACGGGUAUUACAUGCAUCAUACGUGUAUACUUACGAAAUAAUACAGAGUUUUCUGUUCUUUGUAUAAGUAGUUAGAUUUUUUAAGAUGUUCGAAUGUUAUGAAAACUUGUAAGUUAAAUUUAGACACCAAUGUAUACUUUACAAGCAGUAAACAAUAUUUUACGAACUAGUGCGAAUUGAAGCCCGAAGCCCAAGGCGAGGGCUUAGUUCACAAGAGUUCAUAAUGCUUGUACCACCCGUGGCACAUAUUUUUCAUUAUUCUUGUGAGGAAAAGAGUAAAUACAAAUUUAGGAUUUACAGACCGCAUCGCCUACGUGUAAUGAUCAUAUUACGAGCAAGUGUGAUAAACAUAAAUCGCACUCAAGGGGCAUUUUGCGGGCUCAUCAGUUAAUAACGUUUGCAAAUAAAUCAAUAAAUUUUCGAGUUGUCAGAAUAAAGUAUUUGUAACCUGGUAUUUAAUCAUAACACAUGAUUACGUCAAAUGAUGAUUCCUAUGACAGUUCCUUCAAGUCUCUCUUGGUUGAAUUUAAUUUAAAAAAAUAUGUAUGAAAUAUGUUUUAACCGUAUUUUUAUUUCUUAAAAGUUACAUGCUAAGUAAAUUAGUAUGCUAAACUUCAAAAAAAUGUCUACAUAGGUACAUUUACGCGACAGCCACUCCAUAUAAAAAUCAUUUAUCAUAGAGACCGUCAUAUGACGCGAGAAGGAUAACAAAACAUGGGUCAUUAUCAUUAAAUACUAGGUUACAAAUACGAAGUACAAAUACCUUAUUCUGAACUCGUUUUUUUUUAUUUGCAGAAUUUACUAACUGACGUGCCCGCGAAAUGCCUCCUCGACUCCGAUAUGUAUGGUGAUGAAAAUUGACAUUUGAUAUUAAAGAUAAACAUACUCAUUCUUAUCUUUAUAGUCAGAGGGUAAUAAAACCAAUAUAUAUGUACGCAUAUAAAGACCAUUAUAAUGUGAUAUCAGGUAAUGAUUUCAUAGAUUAAUUUAAUAUAUUUCCACGUUAUAAGUAGUAACAAUUUCAAGAUAAUUGAAAAAAAUAUAUAUAUGCUCUCAUUUUUAGAAAGAAACAUUGUGAUAUUUGUUUCAUUUAUAUGCAAUAUUUAUCGCGUUUAUAUUUUAUUACAUGAACGUCGCCAUCAGAUAUAUCGGAGCGGCCAAAGUGUUCACAAAUAUCUCAACAAAACCUCUAUUAUCAAGACGUUUAAGUGCAUAGUUAGAUAUUUUUGAGCAUUUUAGAGGCACCGAUAUAUCUAAAUGGUGACUGACAUUGUUUUUAUUUUACCUUAAAAGCAGCCAAAUAACACUCGAUCCUACUCA